UUUGUUUCGUUGGACAGUUGCUGUGCUGCGGUUCGGUUGAACAGAGUUUGACUGUAGUCUGUAGUCUUAUCAGUCGUCUGCCUGGCUGUUAUUCUGCUGCCUGCUGACAGUCAGUAGUAGCCGUUGAAUCGCAUGCCACUGUCUGAAUGCAAACGGAGUAACUUUAAGUUAGCCUCACAACCAAACUGACAACUUUAGAAGUGAAAUACAAACUUUAAUAGUUGCACGUCUCAAUGGACACUGUUCAGAAACUGGUGUCUGGAUUUGCUCUGGACCUGGGACCACUGAAAGAACCUCUUGGAUUUAUUCGUGUCCUAGAAUGGGUCUUCACCAUCUUUGCCUUCGCCACCACUGGAGGUUACACAGGGAAAACCCACUUAACAGUGAAAUGUCCUGACAAGGAGCCACAGCCUAUAAGUCCUGUGUUUGCAUACCCAUUCAGGUUGUCAGCGUACCCAUACCAAAUGCCAACGUGUAAUGGCAGUCAAACCAAUGAGACCUUCCUGCAGGGCGACUUCUCCUCCUCAGCAGAGUUCUUUGUGUGUGUGGGUGUGUUUGGGUUCCUCUAUUGCACCGCCACACUGAUCCUCUACUUGGGCUACCAGAACGUCUACCGCCAGACCUCCCGCGGUCCCAUCAUAGACCUGGUGGUGACUGCUGCCUUUGCCUUCCUGUGGCUUGUGUCCUCCUCAGCGUGGGGCAAAGGCCUGACUGAUGUCAAAUGGGCCACUAACCCUGAGCACCUAAUCGAGUCUUGCAGCAAUCAUUGUCAGGCAGGAGAAUUUCCGUCUAUGGGCCGCCUCAACGCCUCUGUGAUUUUUGGCUUUUUGAACUUGAUCCUGUGGGCAGGCAACUGCUGGUUCAUUUACAAGGAGACUCCUUUCCACAAAGAUCCCAACCCACCGGCCACCAUGGAGGAAGGAGGGGUCCCUGGGCCGUAGCCAGUUCACUGAGGCUCCUCAAGCAUAGCCCUGUACCCACAGCAGAGAUGCUUUGUGCCCAACACUGGUUCUAAUGUUAACCUGCAGAAACGGAAACAAAAGGAAAACAAUUGUCCCAAUACCCCCCAACCAUCAUCCUCAGCUAUUUCUACGGGUCUUCAGCUCAACUUAAUUUAGUCCCUAACAACUGAGCAACCUUUUGUUCUUUUUUUUCUUUUUAAUAAGCUGUCAUCAACUCCCAAUUCCCAUGUGCCUUGGAAACACUAAAUACAAAUACACACUAAAAUGCUUACACACUACGUACAAUAAGAGUUGCUGUGAAUGUAGAGUUUAAAUCUAUUAGGUGUUCAAAACAGCAGGCCUGCAGUGCAUUCGCUUCCACAUUAGCACAGUAUCCUCCCUUGAUGUUUGCCCUUCAGGGAACAUCUAGUGAUGAAAUUGUGAUGUAAGACACCAAGAUCCCCUCUCGCCUUCAGCAAGGGGGAAAAAAGGCAAGUUGAAAUCUAAUGACCCUCCCAACUGAGACGUGUUGUUAUAAGAACCAACAUCCAGAAGAAAACAUUUUUGGUGGAAACCAAUGCACCCGACUCAUUUUCUUUUGAGUCUAGUAAGGACCUGUUCUGUUUCUCGUUUUUCCAUUAUGUAAUCUGUACAGUGCUACAGUUCAGAUUCCAAAUACAGUAAUGCUAAAGAUCUCAGUUACUCAAUGUCAAUGUAAAUAAGUCAUAGCCUGAAGUUCAAGAUUUGUUGAAUGCUCCUUUUCCUCUAGUCAAAGGAAAACCUGAUAGCAGGAGCUUUAUUGUAUCAGUAGACUACUCUUUGAACUCUGCCUCCAAAGCAUCAGACCAUCUAAAGAUCAAACAUCCCCCAAUAUAUAUGUCACCCCUGCCCCCCCACUGAUGUUCUAAUCUCAUGAUAUACACUCAAUAACUACAUGAAUGUUCCAAUUUUAACACACUUUAAUUUUCUUGCACUUCACCGUUCAUCGCAAAAAGAAUACACACUGUAAGUAUAAAGACAAAAACUCACUACAAUCUACUGAACCUCUCUGUACUUCAAGUGGGGAAGCAGAGGCCUUUAUUUUGAAAGUGUUGUUUUGACUGAUAUUUCAGGUUGUGACAGCAUUGGCCACACGUGUUUAUUUUCAGCCUGUAUCCCGAACAAGGCCAGCUCUCUACAUGUUUACUCCAGUAGCUGUUGUACAUGGCUUCACAGUAUAAAUGACUGACGAGGCCAAACCAUGUUUAGUUCCUGUUUCAUCACAAUGUUACAUUUACAUUAGUCAAUAACACUAAGAUUCAUCCAUGUUCAAACCAUCUUGCAAAAGGUAACUUGCAGUUACAUUAUUUAUAUACAAUUCAUAUGUAUUUUUUUAUCUGCAUUAAUUGGUCCAUUGCAUAUUUUAAAGCCAUUGUUGGGUUUCUGUUUGUAUUUCCCUAUGGAAAAAAGUGUCCAUGUGCAGCUUUCCCUUUUUCUCUUUUUUUUUUGUAACUUUGUCAAAUUUGCUGUUAAAUUUGUUGUACCACUACAUAGCUUAAGGCUUAAUCUUGUGAUGAUAAAUAGUUCAAGUAACAGAAGUGGCAGAAUGUGGUUGCCAGUAAUCCUGCUGUAUUCCUUCAUGACUCCUGCCCAUUGUUCCAGCAUACAGUACAUGUAACUUGACAGCCGUUGCCAUACAUCAGAAGGUUUUGUAUUGAACUUGUACAGUUGUUCUGAGUCACUGUUGAUAACUGUCAAGACACUGACUUCUUGCAUUGCACUAAGAGAGAUCUAAUGUCUAUGAAGGAACUGUGCAUGAAUAGAUUUUGAUCAGAGUUAUUGGGCCAUCUGUGCAGCUUUUUUAUUUGAUAGCUGAAGCCUCUAUAGGUAAUAUAUGAGCAGCUGUUUGAGUCACUAUGAGUAAAGUAAUAUAUUUUCCACAUCAUAUUGAAAUGACAUAUAUAAUUAAGUUUCUUUAUCAAUUAUAAACAAGAAAUCAUAGUUCAAUUAGAGCACAGUCAUAUGUGGGAUGUUUAUGUAAUGGAUUGUUGACAUUGGACUUUUCAUUUAUGUAUUUUAUGCCAUUUUGUGCAGAAGGAAACAAUGGUCUGUCUGUAUUGACAUGUAAAACAUGAGAGCUGCAAAUGCUGGAUUCCGACUUUUCUUUAAAAUUAUAUUGCAAACUUGUUCACCACCUUGAUGAUUUAAAGUCACUAUGUGCAGAACCGUCAAGUUUUUUUUUUAGCAUCUUUUGAAUUGGUCUAAUAGUAUUGUUUUUUUGUCGAAAAAUGAAAGUUCUUCUUAAAAUCGAUGCAGUCUGCAUUA